GAAAUCGAAGCCUCAUGAAUCACUGAGCAACUAUGACACAGUUGGGCUGAAAUCGACACAUUGCUCGACACCAUCACGACACAGUUACAACAGCGACAUCUGCUGGUUGUGCGUGAGAACUGCUUGAGCAGACUGACCAUCAAACCCUCGCUGAUACGUGGUUGUUCAGGAUCACAGUCUAUGUUUUAUUGUCAAAUAAAACUUAUUUAAUGUUCAUUUAAUGAUGUUAUUAGAGCUGUAUUUGUUCUUCUGCAACUCUGUUUAUUACUACAUUGAGGAGACAUGUUUAUCAGUUAGUUUAAUCAAAGACCUUUAUUUCAUUUUAUUUUUCCACAGAACAUGACUUUAAUCACAUUCUCACCACCUCUCCAGCUUUGGAGAAGAGCCGUUUGUAUGGCACUGAUGUCUGACUAAUAAAGAUAUUUGUAUUGGAAUUGCGACUUGUCAAAAUUUAGUUUUAGUCUUUAAUUACAUUUUGAACUUGUCAUAAAUACAUUACAGAUGUCUGUAAUGUGAAACCUGUCUAUCUUAUAGAUCAUCUAUCAUCUUAUAGAUCAUCUCCGGACCGCUUGCCACGUUUAUAAAGCUCUGACAUAUUAAAACAAACGUCCGUUCAAACUGCACUUAAGCCGCUCGGCAGUCACGUGACGUAUCGACACCUCUCGCUCUCAUUGGUCACGUGAUUCGGAACGCGCUCGAGAUUCUGCUUGACGACACUUCCGCUUCAAAAGAUCGACGCUGAGUCGAGUGGGAGGUCUCGAGUUGGACAUCUCUAGGUGCGGACCAAUAGCCACGGAUUGUUUUGCUGUUUAUUUUGUUUUGUGUUAAAUAUUAUCACAACUGUUUGACUCAUGGGUCGUUCCGCUGACCCACGGACAAAUAAAGCACACCGCUGUUCGUUUUCACACUUUGGAGCUGCAUCUCGGAAUGAACACAAAACGUCGCGAGAGACAUUUUCACGCCGCAAAGAUUGCUGGGAAAUAUGUUAACGACAAAGCUACGAAGAUUGGCGCAACGCGUGUGUUGUUCAGUAGAGACACAUUAAAGACAGAACAGGGGAUCAAACAGACAUGUCUCUAUCUCUGUCAGCAGAAAGAGAACGACUCCAGCGUCAAGUGGAGGAGCUGGAGAACAUUCUGUCUGUAACGCACACUGAGCUGCAGCUGCUGAGCAGUGACACAGAUGAAGAAGCAGAUGAGGAGGACGCUGAACGGUCUGCUGCAGGUUUGCUGGCUCUGAGAGAAAAGGUCCAGAAAGAGAUCCAGAACCUGGAGACGGUGCUGGGAACAGAGGAUGGUUCAAUCUGGGUUUCAGACGAUGAUGGCAGCAGCGAGGAGAGUGAGCUCAGCCUUUCAGUGGACUCCUGUCUUCAGCUGAACCUAAUUUAUCAGCAGGUGGUUCAGGAGACUCUGGACCAGCUGGAAACACUACUAACUCAAAACCAUAGACAACAGAAUGAGCUGGAGUUCCAGCUGUCUGGGACAGGCAAAGAGCCUGCUAGAGAGCAGCCAUCAUCCUCCUCCUCCUAUCAGCAGCCAAUCAGCUUGUAUUUGGGCCGCUUCCUGAAGCCUUACUUCAAGGAUAAACUGACAGGACUGGUAUGGUGGGAGCGAUGUUCGAAGAACAGAUGUUUUUGUAUGUAUAAAUGUAUUCCAAACCUGGAUGGUUGUUUAGAGCCUUUAGAGCAGGGUCCUCCAGCCAAUCAGGAGACGAAGGAGAAGAACAGCAGGAUGACAGGAUGUCUGAACAACAAGAAGCUCAGAGUGAAACGAUGGGAGAGUUGGCAGAAAACUUUGUUAAUCCACUCUGUGUCCAGAGACGGUCUGAGGAGACAGAUCCAGCCCAAACUGUCCAGGGUUGACUACCUGACUCAAAAACUGACCUCAGCGAAGGAGACAGACAGGCAACAGCUCAGAGGGCAGAUAGACACAUUGGAGAAAGAAAUCGACCUGCUCAGAGCGAAGAAGGAGGAGGAGCUAAUAGGUGGUCGAUAUGACGAACACGAUUGGCAGAAAAUAUCAAAUAUUGACUUUGAAGGAACAAGGGAUGCAGAUGACAUCCGUCGGUUCUGGCAGAACUUCCUCCAUCCGUCUGUCAACAAGACCCGGUGGAGUCAGCAGGAGGUGCAGCAGCUGAAAGUUAUCAGUAGGCGACAUGGGGAAAGACACUGGGAGACCAUCGCUCAGGAGCUUGGGACGGCGAGAACAGCAUUCAUGUGUCUUCAGACGUUUCAGCGUUUUGUCUCAGACUCCCUGAGACGCAGGACCUGGACUCCUGCUGAAGAUGCCCUCCUCAGAGAACUUGUGGACAAGAUGAGGAUCGGGAACUUCAUCCCCUACACCCAGAUGAGUUACUUCAUGAAAGGGCGGGACCCUGCUCAGCUGAUCUACAGGUGGAACCAAGUUUUGGACCCUAGCCUGAAGAAAGGACCAUGGACUAAGCAGGAGGACCAGCUCUUGCUGGAAGCUGUUUCACGUUACGGAGAGAAGAACUGGUGGAAGAUUAGGUUGGAAGUUCCUGGACGCACUGACAGCGCCUGUAGAGACCGAUAUCACGACUGUUUGAAGGCAGGAACCAGGAGAGGCGGGUUUGACAGACGAGAGCGGGAGCUGCUACUGCAGCUGGUGGACAAACAUGGAGUUGGUCACUGGGCAAAGAUUGCUGCUGAGAUUCCUCAUCGUAAUGACGCUCAGUGUCUGAGAGCGUGGAAGCAAGUGAGCAGGCUACAACCAAGUCAGAAACACAACACAGCUAGGCAACACCUCAGAAGGAGAAAUGAGGGGAAGACGUCAUCUGCUAAAAAGAGCAUCAAGAGGCGACUGAUAAAGGUUGAAGAGGAAGAGGAGGAGAGCACUGAGGAAGACGAUGAGGAGUUGGUGGUGCAGUACAUGGACAGUGAUGGGGAGAACGAUGAAAAGGAGAUAGUGGAAUUGAAAAUGAUUAAAGAAACAGAGCAGAAGGAGGAGUAUACCUUUCCUCCAAUGGAUCAGUUGAUUCCAGCAGAAAAGACAGAAAACUUCACUUUCCUCAGCUUUCGUCCAGUGGUGUUACCUUCUCCUGCUGACGCCCCCACUGGGCGCACUGAUCGCUCAACUGUUGUGGGAAAAUUUGGACGCUCUGUGAUUAUUGGACCCAGUCCUAGACUUUUGCAGUGGGAAGAGCGCCACAGUACCAACCGUAUGAUGAUGAUGUCCCCUGACCAGCUGCGAGCCUACCUGCAUCGCAGGGCUCACCAUGUCCGUAACGAGACCCAAGUGACAGACUUGGGCUUGGACUAUGAGCUCCAGGCUUCAGUGAUGCCGUGGAUUGGCAACCUGCUGUUCCCAUCAAAAGCCAGACUGACCACGGCAGAUGUCCUAAGGGGUCGAGGAGAGAAGGCCCAGUUGUCUUCAACUUUGGUCUUCCAGCUCCUUCUCCAGGCCAUGAACGUGGACACUGCCGGGUGUAAGAAGAUGAUAGAGCAAAGAAGGAACAAAGUGGUGUUUAUGACCCCACCCCCAAAUCCUACCUCUGUACAGCAGAAGGAUCCCCGGACCGUUGCAGGAAUGCUGCAGCAGAGGAGGGCAACGACAGAGCACAGCCAAAUUCUGAAACAGCUUCCGGAGCUGCCGCACCAAGACAAACAGAAACACCAACAACUGCCUCUCACACAGCAAACCCAGCCACAGCAAUUCCUCCUGAUGCAGCCUCAACCUCCUCCUCCUCACAUGUCUCUGUCUUUUGCUAAAGAAGUCAUCGUCCGCCAUGUAUAUACACCCCCCCUCUCUCCGCAUGGACCCUCUGCUGGGAGGGUCUCCACCUCUCAGAUUCCAGCAUCAUCUUCUCUUUACAGACUGAGUGACCUGUCUGCCUCUACGGCACCAAGCAGCUGCAGCCAACUGGCUGCCACUGUACCUCAGGAUCUCAAAGAAGGCCUGCCGCCCCACACUGGCUCCAUCCUGCCACCCACAUCCAGCCAGCCGUGCCUGGCCCCCUGGAGGAAGCAAGUGGAGGCUGCUAGCAUUGGUCAGGAUGGGGAACAGAGCAGAACUCAGCUGGAAGCAAAUGUAUCUAAGGCUAAAAGCAGACGGAAAACUCUUUCAUGCAAUAGAACCCAGACCCAGAGCAUGCACCAGCCUCUGCAGCUCCGACCUGCAUGUAUCCAGUCUGUAGCGUUACCCACUAUAUACGCUGGCAGGGAGGUGUCCACAACCCAGAACCUCAGUUCAGCCCCACCUCCUUGUUUACCAGACCAUGACUACUCCUUGGUUGGUCCUUACCCCAAUCCAGGUCUUUGUGACUCUGACUCAAGACACCUGAGUCCAGCCUCGAAACAAAUACCCUCCCAAUUACUUCCAAUUACUCCCAGCCACCCUCCCAAUUAUCACCUCAGAGAAAGAAAACGAGGAAGUGGAGAGGCCGGCCAGUCUGUGGAUGGAGUUGGCAAAGGGAAAAGGAUUCGAAGGCAGAGUCAGAAAGCCAAAGAUUGUCAAGAAACUACUAAAGCCCAGGCUCCAACAAAACUAAAGAAAACUUCUUCCCCAUGUAAGAAGCGCCCCCGUAAAUGUCAGAUUCAGAGACCCAUACAGCUAGUGACACCAUUUCCUGGGUUAUGUUUACGUCCUGGUCAGUCCAUGUGGAUCAUGACUCCUGGUGGACUGGUCCAGGUUGCACAAGUCCCGACCCAAGCUUUGCAACUGCCAUUGGUUCCUAAUGGCCCCUUCCAACUUUCACCAGGUCGAAUUUUAGCACAACGUUGUGUGCCGCUCUCCUCCAGAGGCUGUCGACCACUUGCACCCAAACCAUCCAUUGAGUCUGUCCACGAAACCUUUCCCAACCACAAAUCAGGCAUCUGCACAUUUGAAAUCUUCCCCCCAACAUGUGUCCCACAACAUGUCCCAUAUCUUGUGUCCUCACCCAUCCCCUCCUGUCCCCCAGAGCCUAACGGCGUCAGAAUGCACUCUGCAGAGCCCACCCCUUCUAGGAGGCACCUGAUGCAGUUCAGUUCCUUUCUCAUGUUCCUUGAGCCCCAUGUGGAUGUGUGUGGUUGGCUAAGUGGGCAGGGAGGCGUUCUGGUACCUGGAGAUGGCAUGGCUCUACCCUACCUACCGCCCUUUGUCAGCAGCCUGGAUGUGUUCAGUGCACUGCUCCGCACCAAGAGGUCUCUAACCAAAUCAUCCCUACAGCUGCUGAGUCAAGGAUCCAAACCUCGACACCCCCAAGCAAAGCGCAAACCUGAUGGCAAAACAGAAAAAAUGUCCAGUCAGCCCCCACCAAAUCUACCAGACUCAACCUCUGGCGUUGGACUACAUGGAGACCCACCAGAUUUCUCCAUCAGCCCUGACCUCAGUGUGGAGGAGGCUGAGCUGGUGGCAUCGGUGCGUCAACUGGUGGCAGAGCGUUUUUCAUCUAAUCCUGCGUACCAGCUGCUGAAAGCCCGCUUCCUUUCCUGCUUCACGGUCCCAGCCCUGAUGGCCACCGUCCCACCAGUAACAAAGAAAACUCUGGCUCGGCGAGAUAAUCAACAGGACGAAGAGGAGUGCGUAGAAGUGUUAGAGCUGAGGAAAAGCAAAGAAAGAAGAAGAUGGAGGAGAUCAGAGGUAAUCGGGGCUGAGGAUGAGGAGCAGCUCUUCAAUGACCCGGCGCUCAUAAUCCGGAGAAGAAAAGUUGGAGCUCUGCUGGACAUUUUGCAGAGGACAGGGGUCAAAGGCUACACAGCCUUCCUAGAGAGUCUAGAGCUGGAUUAUCCUCAACUGUACAGUCGCAUCACUGGGAAGGAGCCCAAUAAAACCUUCAGCAUCCUCAUUGGUUGGUCUGUCUGUCUGUCUGUCUGUCAGUCAUUCGUCUAUCCGUCCAAAGGUUGUUUAUGUUAUUUCUGUUUAGACACAGCAGGAGAAUCUGGUUUGACUCAGUUCUUGAUGUCAGAGCUCAGUCGACUGCAGAGGGUGCUACAAGAUGAGAAAAGACGCCGUCAACUGGCCUGCUCUGUUGCAAAGGAUCAGGAGGCUUGGUCUCGCCAGCAGCAGCUGAGGGACCGCGAGCUCAGGAAGUUGACUGAGCGCGUGCAGAGGUUUCGGGAGGAGCGCGAUCGUCUGAGCGAAGAGAUGAAGCAGCUCAGGGAUCACAACUACAGUUUGAUGGCUGACAUCAACACUCUGAACCAGGAGAAGAGCAAUGCCCUGCUGGCCAACAGAGACCUGCAGAUAGAGGUGGAGCGUCUGAAGAACACGGUGCAGCGAGCUGAGAGCCAGACUCGCCUGCUCCGCCGACGAACAGCUAGGCCACCGCAGGAGGGCAGAGGUAUGAUUCUGCCCACAGACACCUUCUUCCACCCCGAUCGACUGGAGGAGCAGAAAGAGGAGAAACCAGAGGAAAAGAGGGAGACAGAGGAGGACACCAAAGAGGAGGAGAAAAAAGAAGAGGACAAGAAGGAGCAAAAGAAGGAGAAGCUUAAGCACAGUCGAAAUCCCCAAAUGAACCUCCUCGCUACGGUGUUCAAACUAAGAAGGGAACUGCACAAAGCAGAGGAGCAGAGAACCAGGAGUGUAGAGGAGAAGGAGGAGCUGGAGCUGUGCUGUGCUGAGCUGAAGGGAGAUGCCAAGAUGUACCGCCAGCGAAACAAACAGACCCUCCAUCAGCUGGAGGAGGUGAUCCGAGAGCGAGACAAGACUCUGGUCCUGCAGGCAGAGCAGCAGGAAGAGGUGCGGCUGCUGAUGCAUGAGAAGGACCAGUACAGGGAGCAUGUGAGGAAGCUCACUGAGCAAUCUGAUAAACUGGAGCUGCUCUUGCUGAGGUCACAGGGGGAGGUGCUACAGCUGCGGACACGCCUCCGCAGAAUUACCUGCAACACCCACCAGUGUGAAAGAAGCAGUGAGGAAGAGGAGGAAUCGGCAGAGAAGGCCACCAAAGGCAGCAGUGGGACGUCCGGAGAGAAGGAGGAGGCAGCAACACUGCAGCAGCACAGCUCAGCUCCAGGAGACGCCGAGGACUGUGAGGAGAAGAGCAGAACCGCUGCAUCAUGGGAGGAGCCGACAGAUGGAUGUGUGACCGUCGGAAAUAGACCACACUUCUUUUACCGAAGGCAGCGUGCGCUAAGGUCAAAGUUCACCGGCUUGGAUUACACAGGCUGUAACCUUGAUGAUAGCAGCAUCAGCGACAUCAGCGACUCUGACUGAAGUUCACAGAUGUUUUAGACAGAAUAAUGCUUCUACUGAGUUUAAUUCUAUUUACCUUAAUGUCUGCCAACAAUGAGCCUUGAUGACAAAAUGACCUAAAACUUCAUGUAGAAAAUGUCUGUCACAGUCUCGUAAGUACUUUAUUUGCCAUCAUUUUUCAUUGUGUUCAUUGAUUUAAUGAAUAUGGAAUUGCAUCAGUCAAAUUAAACCUAUCAUCUUCAGGUCUUCAACAUUUUAACCCCA